UUGACUUUUGAUCAGUAACAUUCAAUUUUUAAGGUGGUCUAAGUCUUGUUUUUCUUGUUCUAUGUGAAUGUAGUGCUGUCCCUUGGUUAUUUAUUAGUCAUGUUGAUAUGGCCGAACACGCCGCAAAUUUUACCUCCACAUUCGAAAACAAACCCUCCAUAUUCGAAGUCAUAGCCCAAAAAUCCCUACAUGAUACCUUGUACCCUGCAUUCCAGAAAAUCGCCCUAUACCUUUCCACUCAUUCUCCCCAAAAAUUUGGGUUUUUAAAUGUGUACUUCGAGGAAAGUUUCGCUGUACUUAAUGGUGCUUUACAACUAUACUAUCUAAAGUAUUAUGAUUCUUCAUUUUCUGAAAACUUUUAUGGACUGAAAAGGGUUAUGUCUGGGGAAAGCCCAUUAAUGAAACAUCAAAAAGAAUUGUCUUUACUCUUCUUAGUAGUAGUUCCAUAUUUCAAGAGAAAAAUUGAGGAAAGAUUGCAAAUUUAUCGAAUAGAGCAUGCAGAAGGCUACUUGCGAAAGGAUUUCGAAGGCAGAUCAAAAAGAUUUCUCAUUUACUCCCAUUCAGCCUUCGAAGUUAUUUGGGGGUUAAUUACCUUAAACAAUUACCUGCAAUAUAUGGGAAAUAAAACUGAAUUCCAAGAACCUCUCUUAAAGUUGCUAGGGCUAAAACUUGUAUACUCAAAUGAUCAACCUAGUAAAAGUUUUUGGAGCAGUUUGUUCAGUGGAAAAUUAGGGUUCUCAGAUUUAAGUUUUGCUUCAGUGCGAGGUGCGGUCAGUACGAUAUUUGAAACGACAGCAUUUUUCCUGCAGCUACUUCAAACGUGGAAUGCCCAUAAUCCAAAUUAUAAUAUAACAGAUCUUCCAAGAAGUGAAGCUCCAUUAUGUGAUAAUAGAGCAGAAACUUAUGGAGGGAAGUGUCCAAUUUGCCUUCAAAAAUGGUUGAUACCAGCUGCACUUCCAGUUUCAGGGUACAUUUUUUGUUUUAAAUGCAUCUUAAACUACCUUGUAGAACACCAGAAGUGUCCUGUUACAAAAUUAGCGGCAAGGCCAACAGAUGUAGUGAGAUUGUAUGUUGAUUAGAUUUUAAGAUUAAAACAGCAUUCUGUUAAUAAUAAAUCAUUGUAUAUUAAUAUUUAA